CUUGGCAACCGACUCAAACGCAGCCGCUGUUGUGGUCGUGAAGAAAGUUUGAUUUCUGUCGUGACUCAAACCAUGUCCAACAGCUCGAGGCCAAAGCCCACAUGCUUUAGCAGCGACAUCCACAGACUGCUGCUGGCUGCUGAAGCUGGUCAGAAGGUUGAUAUCCUGACAUACUGCUCAGGUCACCUGGGGCCACGCAGCCUGAGCCAAAGUCAGCCCCAGAAGGAGAAAAGUCAGUCUUUCUGGAAUAUGCCUCAGAGCCUUGAAGGGACCCCUAACCCUCUGACAGUCCCGCAGACACGGACAAAGACACUGACCUUUGUAAAGAAGAAUGAAAUCAAAGAGUCUUCCUCUGAGUUCUCCACUGGCACGACUUUAGUAGAGUCUGAAGUCUCGAGGUCAAGACGAGGUCAGGCCACUGAUCGCUCAUCACAGACAGACAGAGGAAAAAAUGAAAGUCUUCCUAAGAUAGUUUAUUGUUCCUCAAACUCUUUGCCGGUCCAGCCAAGGGCCCUUUCCCAGAAAAAGUCUAACUUUUCAGCUGAUCCUGAGGGGAAACAGCAAUUUUGCCUAAGCCACUCUGACGAGAAAAAACAGCUAGAGACGAAGCAACGGUUUGGCAGACAAGUCAUAGGCAAGCCGGACCCGAGAGCUGGAAUAAAUGUUGCUGAACUGCAUGAGAGGAAGUUAGAAAAGGAGCUGAAGAAGCUGUCAGCGCAAAGCUGGCCCAGCAGAGACCGCCUUGUGGUGUUCAGUGACGUCUUUGAUGAUACAGAUUAUGAUUUGUAUGUCAACCACCUGAUGUCUUCCCAGUCAUCACUACAAAACAUGUCGCCGAAUACUUCACUUAAAGAUCUUGGCAAUGGCAAAGUAAGAGAAAUGGAGUUGGAGGAUGCUGAGAAAGAGGUUUCAAGGCUGGAGCAGGAGGCCAGAGAAGCUCUAGAGGAGAAUAAACGAGUCCGAAAUGAAUUACAGAAUGUUCCAACUAUCACAGGCCCAGAGGACAGUGACAUGAAGAAUAGAUCUCUGUCAGAGCUGCAGGACAGAGAGACUGCCAUCAGCUUCACCACCAGUGUCCAAUCCAAGAGACUUCAUGUGGUGAACGUGUGGAGGGAGAUCCAACAGCUGGAGGAGGAGAUUAAGGAGAAGAUGGUGUCCACUGCUGCAGCCACGGCCACAGAAAGAUCCAUCAAAGAUCUAAAGACAGAGAUAAUGAGACUGAUAGCCUCUAAUGACUGCCUGAGGACCGCCAACAAGGAUCUGACAAACAACAUCAACAUGGUGCUGAACAGAGAGAAAGCAAGCAAGGCCAUAAGACGGAUGCUGUGGGAAGAAAUAAAUUGUGAUCUUCAAACAGAGAGCGAAUAGCUUCAUCAGCAAGUAAACCAGAGGAUGAUCUCAUGAGAUGGACGUUUCAAAGUCUGACAGUGCACGCUAGGAAAAAA